GAGGUAGAUGCUAGUCCUGCUGGUGUUAGCUUGUCCUUAACGUGUCGUCUACAUGAGGUAGAUGCUAGUCCUGCUGGUGUUUGCUUGUCCUUAACGUGUCGUCUACAUGAGGUAGAUGCUAGUCCUGCUGGUGUUUGCUUGUCCUUAGCGUGUCGUCUAAAUGAGGUAGAUGCUAGUCCUGCUGGUGUUUGCUUGUCCUUAGCGUGUCGUCUACAUGAGGUAGAUGCUAGUCCUGCUGGUGUUUGCUUGUCCUUAGCGUGUCCUCUAAAUGAGGUAGAUGCUAGUCCUGCUGGUGUUAGCUUGUCCUUAGCGUGUCCUCUAAAUGAGGUAGAUGCUAGUCCUGCUUGGUGUUUGCUUGUCCUUAGCGUGUCGUCUACAUGAGGUAGAUGCUAGUCCUGCUGGUGUUUGCUUGUCCUUAGCGUGUCGUCUACAUGAGGUAGAUGCUAGUCCUGCUGGUGUUAGCUUGUCCUUAACGUGUCGUCUACAUGAGGUAGAUGCUAGUCCUGCUGGUGUUUGCUUGUCCUUAGCGUGUCGUCUACAUGAGGUAGAUGCUAGUCCUGCUGGUGUUUGCUUGUCCUUAGCGUGUCCUCUAAAUGAGGUAGAUGCUAGUCCUGCUGGUGUUAGCUUGUCCUUAGCGUGUCCUCUAAAUGAGGUAGAUGCUAGUCCUGCUGGUGUUAGCUUGUCCUUAGCGUGUCGUCUACAUGAGGUAGAUGCUAGUCCUGCUGGUGUUUGCUUGUCCUUAGCGUGUCCUCUAAAUGAGGUAGAUGCUAGUCCUGCUGGUGUUUGCUUGUCCUUAGCGUGUCGUCUACAUGAGGUAGAUGCUAGUCCUGCUGGUGUUUGCUUGUCCUUAGCGUGUCGUCUACAUGAGGUAGAUGCUAGUCCUGCUGGUGUUUGCUUGUCCUUAGCGUGUCCUCUAAAUGAGGUAGAUGCUAGUCCUGCUGGUGUUAGCUUGUCCUUAGCGUGUCCUCUAAAUGAGGUAGAUGCUAGUCCUGCUGGUGUUAGCUUGUCCUUAGCGUGUCGUCUACAUGAGGUAGAUGCUAGUCCUGCUGGUGUUUGCUUGUCCUUAGCGUGUCCUCUAAAUGAGGUAGAUGCUAGUCCUGCUGGUGUUAGCUUGUCCUUAGCGUGUCCUCUAAAUGAGGUAGAUGCUAGUCCUGCUGGUGUUAGCUUGUCCUUAGCGUGUCGUCUACAUGAGGUAGAUGCUAGUCCUGCUGGUGUUAGCUUGUCCUUAGCGUGUCGUCUACAUGAGGUAGAUGCUAGUCCUGCUGGUGUUUGCUUGUCCUUAGCGUGUCCUCUAAAUGAGGUAGAUGCUAGUCCUGCUGGUGUUUGCUUGUCCUUAGCGUGUCGUCUACAUGAGGUAGAUGCUAGUCCUGCUGGUGUUUGCUUGUCCUUAGCGUGUCCUCUAAAUGAGGUAGAUGCUAGUCCUGCUGGUGUUUGCUUGUCCUUAGCGUGUCGUCUACAUGAGGUAGAUGCUAGUCCUGCUGGUGUUUGCUUGUCCUUAGCGUGUCCUCUAAAUGAGGUAGAUGCUAGUCCUGCUGGUGUUUGCUUGUCCUUAGCGUGUCGUCUACAUGAGGUAGAUGCUAGUCCUGCUGGUGUUUGCUUGUCCUUAGCGUGUCCUCUAAAUGAGGUAGAUGCUAGUCCUGCUGGUGUUUGCUUGUCCUUAGCGUGUCGUCUACAUGAGGUAGAUGCUAGUCCUGCUGGUGUUAGCUUGUCCUUAACGUGUCGUCUACAUGAUAGAUGCUAGUCCUGCUGGUGUUUGCUUGUCCUUCACGUGUCGUCUACAUGAGGUAGAUGCUCAUUCU